UAGCUCCCCGUUCCUGAGCUUAUCACCCUCUCCCUUUCUUUGAGAAAUAUAAUCAUUAAAUCAAUAAAGACAGGUGACAGUUUUUUUUUUCUUGUGACUUCCCUUUGUGACCCAGACACAAAGAAAAGGGAAGAGAAAGAGAGAGAGAGAGAGAGAGAGAGAGAGAGAGAAAGAGAAGAGAGGAAGCUGUUGACUGCAUGCAUGAACAUUUUUACCACUGCAACAUUUCUAUUUCAACAUCCUAUUUUUCUUUUUAUUACUGUGUUUUUUCACAACUGCCGGAAGGGAACACACUCAUUUUGUCCAUCAUUGCUGUAUUAUCAUCCUCUCUCUCUGUACUCUGUUCACUUAAACAAAGAGGAAGCCUAGAGAAAGCGAACAGCACAUAAGAGGAAGAGAAGGGUUGUGACUUUCUGGCUGGCAUGCGAGUUUACUCCAGAAGCUUAUAGAGGACACAGGAAAAUUGCAGAAAGAAGACAGGAGGGAACAUUUAAAUGUAAACACUAGAGAGCCAAUUCACUGUUGAAUCUGGACUGGAUUAGACAGCAAAAAGCGGAAUGACACCAGCAGAACACGAGGACAUCUACAAAUUGAUAAGGCUAUAGAUAAAGGUGUUACCGCAUAUGACUACACCCAAUAUCUUAGCUCUGUAUUGCAUAAUGGUCUGAGACUCAACAAGAGUGGUAAUAUAGAGGCAACAGAUGCAGCAUCAUCCCAAAUGGAUGCAUAAGGACAAAACUGUACAAAAACAGUCGAAAACAUAAAUAUGAAGUGCAAUUAUACACUAUGAAGGUAGCCAGAAUGAUACAUCAAACCAGCUAAUAAUCUUAAUUUCUUCAAGCAGACUAGGAAUAAAUAACUGUACUGUGGCUUCUAGGACCAUCACAAAACUUUGAAAUAGCCAGCCAUUCAAUACAAACUUGAAGAACAACAUAACAUAUCAUUAUUUCUACCAUUUACAAUUGCUAUUAAAAUUGGCUUCAGUCUCUGGCAAGCUGUGAAACAUUUUUUAUCAUCUCAUUUUCAAGUACAUACUUUCAAAAGAUAAUAUUUCUUUCAGAAUAAAAAUUAAAGAAACCAAUAAUCCCAGUAUUCACAGAGAUCAGGUAGGAGGAAUCAGCUUUUAGCUGUCAUCUACUUCUCCUGGAUUCACCAUUAACAUUGACAAUCACCAUGUCAGUGCUAGUACUGACCUUCCUCAUACACUCCCUCACAUGCUCUCCUCUCUUUGCCCAAACAUACUUGCCCUCCUCAGACUAUGAUUUGAACAUGACCACAGAAACGUCAGAAGAUGUAACACGUGGCAUGGGUUCUCCAAAUUUUAGUAUGUUCACUCCUCAACCUUCAAAUGUUCCUGUAAGGGAAACUACUGCAGUGCCCAUGCCUGAAAACACGGCAAUAACUGUUGCUGAAACAGAGUCCAUCCUUGAAACUACUAUAGCAGCCAUUUUGAAAACUACGGAAGUGCCCAGUACUGAAGUUGAUUCAGAGGACACAUUUGAAACAACCCCUAAGCCCAGUAUUGAAUAUGUUACCUCUUCUAUUUCCCAAACAUUAGAGGGUACUCGGCCUCAAACUCCAAUUCAGACCAGCCACCAUGUUAGUCGGGUGGUCCCUACACAAGCAACAACUCCAGAGACAUUUGCCUCCACACCCUUCAGCUCUGCAUCCCAAAAUGAGCAAAGCUCAACAAAGAGCACAGUAGAUGAUGUGACUUCCAAGUCAAAUCCAACCAAAACCCUCACGGUGGUCACUCCUUCCAUGAUUCCAGAAUCUGCCAAGACCAGUUUUUCAAAGCCAAGUUCAGACCUGAAGCCUACCUCCACUGUUGGUUCUACUGCAAGCAGUCCCACGCCUGUCCCCAUUAUACAGGGUUUUGGGAUAGUAAUCAUCAUCAUAGCAUUGGUGGUCUGUAUGAGUGGGAUCAUCUUUAUGAGCAUGUUCUUCAACAAACGAAGGAAGAGGAGAUCUGAAAACUUCAGCUACAGCUUCAGGACUGGAGGGAGCAGUAAAUCCAAGAUGAAAAAAGGUACAGAUGAUGAUGCCUGGUUUGGGCCUGUGGCUUUGAAGGGAGAUGAGGCGGUGGAGGCAGGGGAGGAAGGGGGCAAUGAAGUGGAUGGAGAUGGUGAAGGGGUGCAGGUGGUACUAAGCACUUUUAUGGCAAAGGAAGAGGAGAAGGAUGGGGUGAAUGGGAGUUGUGUAGGGGCAAAGGAGGACAUUAAGAAGGAUGAGGAGGUACCCCUGUUGAUCACUGAUGAGGAUGUGGAAAAGGCAGUCAGUCAUUCACCUCCCCUGUCUUCUUCCCUUUCUCCUCCGCUCUCUGAGACUGCUGCAGGUGAGCAAAAUGGGAGUCCAGCUUUCUGUCUGACCUCUGCUGUUUGAGAGGGAGAAAUGCAUUUGUUGAUUCCUUACUAGUCCCUUUUAAAUUGAAUGUCUGAUCAGUUUAGCUAAAUUGUGAAAUGCAGUGAUUGCCUAUAAUGACAGUUGAGAAAGCAACACACAUGAAUUACAGGGGCCAGAUGUUAAAAAAGAAGAUUGACACGACAUUAUUUUUGCUAACCAAUGUACACAAUAUGAACAAAAGCACCUGGACCACCCCCCCCCCCUCCCCUCCCCUCCCCCCAACUGAAAACUCACCUCUUCAGGCUGCACCUCUCCCCAUGCCUCCCUGCCUCCCUGUAGCCUCUAAUUGACUAUGUAAUCUUAGGGCUGUAGCUAGGUAAGCUGCUUAUCUUAGUUGACUUAGUUAUUGCACUCGCACCUACUCAACUAUUGCUUGUAUUAUUUGCAUAGACUGUUUUGUUGCUGUUUUUGUUUGUGUUAAUCAGAGUAACCUACAGGGUCCAAGUUAAACUAUGUGGUCGUUCCCUGCACGGUACUUGGAACUGUACUUCCCUCUAGGGUUUUCAACACACUUGUUCCUGGUUAUGGUUAUACACUUUGUUGUACAUCGCUCUGGAUAAGAGCGUCUGCCAAAUGCAUGUAAUGUAAUGGUACAGCAUACAAUGACAUUCUAGACAAUUCUGUGCUUCCGCAACAGUUUGGGGUAGGCCCUAUCCUGUUUCAUGAUGACAAUGCCCCCUGGGACAUAGCGAGGCCUUAUAGAAAUGGUUUUGUUGAGAAUGGUGUGGAAGAACUUAACUGGCCUGCAAAGAGCCCUGACCUCAACCCCAUCCAAUACCUUUGGGAUCAAUUGGAAAUCCAAGUGCAAGCCAGGCCUAAUUGGCCAAUCAGUGCCCGACCUCACUAAUGCUCUUCUGGCUGAAUGGAAGCGAAUCCCUGCAGCAAUGCUCCAACAUCUAGUAUAAAUCUUCCCAGAAGAGUGAGGUUUUUAUAGCAGCAAAGUGUGGACAAGCUCUAUAUUAAUGCCCAUAAUUUUGGAUGAGAUGUUGGAUGUCAGGUGUCCGCAUACCUUUGGCCAUAUAAUGUAUUUAAAAUACUCAAUUGUGAUUUGCUUUGACGAAUGGUGAAAUAUCCUAAUGGGAUAAGUUGUCUCCAACAACGCUUAUAAAUAAUUGACUCCAGUAUAUGAUUAACUUACUUAGUUGUCAUUAUUUGUAAAAAUAAAUAUUUAGCUUCUCAUGCCAAACUUGUACUGAAUUCAUUAUUCAAUCAAUUAUUCUUAUGCACAGUGCACAGUAUUUUUAUUCAAGCAUGGUACAGAAAUCGAGUGCCAAGUUCUGAUGACUAAAAAACAUUUGUACACAUCAUAUCAAUUUGAACAGUCAUGAAUUUCUCUCAUUUCUGUGUCUUCUUCGUUUUUGUACAUGCUAGGUUUUAUCUCUUAAUUUGUUUAGAAAUACUGGUAGCAUAUUUUGGCCAGACAUAAAAAAUUUCAGGUUAGAGAAACACAGAAACACUGAUAUUAUUGGCAAAGAUCUAAAUGCACUGCUUUUGCUGAUUUUUUGUUUGUGUGUUUGUUUGUUUGUUUUUUGAGCAUACUAUUCAUUUUAAAUAUUUGGGAUUUAUAUUAAUUUAGAUGUACCUUUAAUCAUAUUGGAAGCAUAGCUGCAUGACAUGAAUAGAAAUGUUUAUAUGUCUAUAAAUAGUACUGGGUUUUGGCAUUCUUUUGUAGUCAGUUUAUUUUACCCUCUGUGUGUUUGACGUAUACAACAUUUUGACAAAUAACAAUAUUAUUUUCUUAAAUAAGUAGGUGACAUCACAUUCUUUCCAAUAAAAUAUUUUCCGAAACCUA